CCGCGGCAUCCUUAUCCCCUCGCCCUGGCCACUCCUCCCGCUUCCACUCCCUCCGAUCCCCAUGGGGUCCUUGUCCAGGAGCUUUAAAAUUCCUCCCCUGGCCCAUCUCCUCCCGCGCUCUGCUCUUCCUACCCGCAGAUCCCGGGUGCCCUGCUCGCCCAGGACGCCGCCCACUCUGGGGCGCGUCCUCGUCCUCGGCCGCCCGCGCAUGCCCGCCCGCCGCCGCUUGCCGCUCCGACGAGUGCCGGUCGCGGCCGGACUGCAAGCUGCGGCCCCUAGCACCGGGCUGAAGAGGUGUCGAGGUCGCCAAUCCUCACCAACCAACCAGUUGCCACCUACGCUAUUCACCAAGGCGAGCAGUUUGGUGGCAUCUAAUGGCCAGGAUGGUUAAAUGGAAACCGAUGUCUUGUGAAUACACAAUAGUUGCACAAGAGAGAUUGUCAUUAAGAUCUAAUUGCCCCAAGAAUCACAAUUUCGGACAUUUUGGCGAUUUUGGGAAUGGGAAGGAUGACAAUUCCAUUUUUCAUUCUUUGAAGUCAAUGUUACAACCAAAGACAAGGCAGUGUGUUAUUGUCAAGGUGAACAAUAAAGAUGUCGAGGAGAAUUGCAGCUCCAGAUUUGCUCAUGAGGACAAUAAGAUUAUUUCUAGUCCAUCUCAAAGGAAAGAAAGAAGUCAACUGAGGGCAUUGGAAUCUUAUUUUUCUAAACUCAAUCCCAGUCAGCAGCAAUGCUCUUUGUCUGAAAAAAACAAAUGCAAAAAUGGCCUAUCAUCCUCAUAUGAAGUUGACACAAUCCUUGCUGAUGAUAAUGCCAAUUUGAGGAACAGGGCAGACUCCUUGCGGGUACAGUUUGACAGAGGAAACUCAGGUACUAAGAGUUAUCGCAACACUUCCAUUGAUGAUUACAAGGAGUACUUGAUAUUUGAUGAAAAGAGUUUCCUGGACAUGCAUACAGAUGAUCAGACGUCUGGUUUCUGUUUGACAAACUUAUUGGCUGGUAUUAAUAUUGCAGUUCUGUUAUUCGAAACAGCAAGCCCAGUGAAAAAUUCUGAAAAUGAAUAUUUGUCUCUCCCUUUGUUGUAUGGUGCCAAAAUAAACAACUUAAUACUUUCAGGGGAGUGGUGGAGACUACUAACACCAAUGUGCCUGCACUCUGGUUUCUUACAUGUAGCCCUUGGUUGUUGGGUGUUGCUUAUAUUUGGACCUCGGGUAUGCAGAGCAUAUGGUCAAAUGCCAUUUUUUCUUAUAUACAUACUUGGAGGAAUCUGUGGUAAUUUGACAAGUUUUGCUCACACUCCAGAGACAACUGUCUGUGGCACAGGCCCAGUAUUUUCUCUAAUUGGAGCAUGGCUGGUGUAUCAGAGUCAAAACAAGCAAGUCAUUGACAAGGAUGUUUCAGAAAGUAUGUUCUGGCAGGCCGUGAUAGCUGCAUCUUUGAGCUUCUUACUGAGCAUUUUUGGGGGAAUUGACAACUGGUCGCAUCUUGGGGCAACCAUUUCUGGACUCUUCUUUGGUUAUCUUACUUGCCCAAGCAUAGAACUGGACAAUGCUGCUAAGAACGGUCGAAAGGAGGCUGUGGCUCUUGUUCGGCGACAAGCCAGUCCAUGCAAAUCCGCUGCAGUCUUUGUCUUAAGCAUACUAGCAUUUGCUGUGAUCGCGUUCGCUUGCGGGACUCAGUUCACUAAUAUGGAUCUGGAAUAGCUAGGUGUUUCUCAUGCUUCCUUUUUAUGCUUAGGUAGCUCGUCAACUAUGCAUCCUAUAAUGUGAAAUGAGCAUGAGAUGUAAAUAUAUAGUUGGUUCUGUGGUCUGGAUCAAUUACAUAUGUAGCCAGGUUUGGAGCUUGUGUUUUGUAUCAUACUACAAUCUCUUUUGAUGUUACUUGGAAAACAGGUUACGCACUAAUAUAAGGGAGGUUACACAUCA